UAUAAAAUAUUUCACAAACCAACUCCGCAAAAAACACAAAAACAAAGUGAAAAGCUCAUUUUUGCUCAAAUAAUUAUUCGAAGCAUGUCCGGUGGAUACCCUCAACACCCUCCAGGCUACGGCUACGGCUACGGUGCCCCUCCGGCUCAGCCCUACACAGCCGCUCCAUACACUGCCGGCGCUCCGCCUCCUCCUCAACCGUACGGUGCCCCAUACGCCUCUGGACCAUACGGCGCACCUUCUGCUCCCUACUCUGCCCCUCCUGUGGAGAAGCCACCAAAGGACAAGCACCAGGCGUACGGUGUCGGUGGCGCUCCUCCGGUUCACGGCGGAAGCUAUCCUCCUGCAGGAGGUUAUGCGAGCCCGUUCGCGGCUCUGGUGCCUUCAGCGUUUCCACCGGGGACAGAUCCUAACGUCGUGGCUUGCUUUCAAUUAGCUGAUCAAGAUGGAAGUGGGUUUAUUGACGAUAAGGAGUUGCAAAGAGCUCUUUCUUCGUACAAUCAAAGCUUCAGUUUGAGAACCGUUCAUUUGCUCAUGUAUCUCUUCACUAAUACCAACACCAGAAAGAUCGGUCCUAAGGAGUUCACUGCAGUCUUCUAUAGUCUUCAGAAUUGGAGGGCCAUCUUUGAGAAAUUUGACAGGGACAGGAGUGGUAAAAUUGAUGUCAAUGAACUGAGAGAAGCACUCUUGAGUCAGGGAUUUUCAGUCUCUCCGGUUGUUUUGGAUUUGCUUGUAACCAAGUUUGAUAAAACUGGAGGCAAAAACAAGGCCAUUGAAUAUGACAACUUCAUCGAGUGCUGCCUUACAGUUAAGGGACUAACUGAGAAAUUCAAGGAGAAGGACACCAUGUACAGUGGUAAUGCGACGUUUACUUACGAAGCAUUCAUGCUGACCGUUCUGCCAUUCCUAAUCGCAUAGGUUAUGAAAAACUUAUUUUCGAUUGUGUGUUUGCGUUUUAUGGAGUAAAUUUCUGUCUUUGAACUAUGCUUUGACUAGAGUUUUUGUUGCUAUAUAUAUAUAUAAGCUAAAAUAAAAGCUUGAUUUGAAUCA